AUGGACCUUGUUCAAGGAGAUAGGUCGGUAAGGAGUUAUGAGUCGGAGUUCACAAGGUUGAGACGACAUGUCUUUGAUGGGCGCCAUGAUGAAGCAACUAUGAUCCGUAACUUGAUGUACAGAUUGAAGCCGGAGCUUGGAAGUCGUUUAGCUGGAAGGAACUUUAGCAGCUUAUCUGAGCUAGUGGAAAAAGCUGUUAAUGUUGAGCCUGUAUUGGAGGCUGAAAGGAAGACAAUACCACAUUCUGGUGGACACACCAAGUUUAGCCAAGGAGAAAGGCUGAAUUUCAACAAGGGUCCAAGAUCUAACAAAGGCAAAGGGAAAGGAGUUGGAGGCCAAGCCAACAAUCGUGGUAACACUGGGGUAUGUUACACAUGUGAUCAGCCGGGACAUAUUUCAAGGUUUUGUCCCAAAAACCAGAGCAAUAACCAACGAAGUAACCAGCAGGGUUAUUCAUCGAUAAGGAUGGAAGAUUUCACUUGUUUCUCUUGCGGUAUGAAGGGCCAUUAUGCAUCGUCUUGUCCAAACAAGCCAAUCCCUUCGACCCCUCUCGCGAUCCGAGCUCCUCCUAGCCGUCCAGCUAUUGAGCCAGCACCAAAUAAGCAAAACCUAGGAGGUAGAGUUUAUGCCUUAGGGGUAGAAAACCCAGACAAUGCAGGACCGUCAAGCGGUCCCAUCACAGGAACCAUACAUGUUGCUGCUAAACCCACACAUGUAUUGUUCGACUCGGGGGCAACACAUAAUUUUGUGACCCCUGAAAUAGCUGCCCGGUUUUGGGAUUGUUUUGUUGUUGACAGGAUAAACGUGGCCGUCUUGACCCCCGCAGACCGAACCCUUCAAGCAGAUCAGUGUAUCAAGAAUGUUCCAUUGGUCAUUCAAGAGAAAGAAUUUGUGGCAGAUCUGUUAGUCGUGCCUUUGAAAGGGUACGAAGUAAUCCUUGGAAUGGAUUGCUUAUCGAGCUACGGAGUUCAGACGAUUUUGGAAAGGGAAGCAAUGAGAGUACAAGAUUUGUUUCUAGAUGGGGAAGUGUAUUUGGUAACUUUAUCGGUUAGUGGAGGAGCCACUAAUGAUGAAGUUAAGGUCGAAGACAUAGAAGUGGUCCAAGAGUUUGAGGAUAUCUUUGCACCACUAAAGGAAUUACCUCCACCUCGGAGUAAUCCCUUUACCAUUACUUUGGAGCCUGAAGCAAAACCUUUAGCUAAGGCACCAUAUCGGAUGGCACCUGCGUGUUGGCUGAGCUAA